AUGCGUUUGGGGCCUGAGGCUGAGCUGGAGGCGCUUGAGGAGGCAAAACCUCUUCCCUAUUGCAUGUCUCGCUUUGUGCAAUCCCGCGACCGCCCCGGUAUGCUGGACUUCAAAGGCAAAGCAAAGUGGGAUGCCUGGAAUGCAUUGAAAGGAACGUCCAAAGAAGAUGCAAUGAAAGCUUACAUAGCAAAAGUGGAAGAACUAAAGGGCAAAUAUGGCAUCUGA